CAACAAACCGAACAAAUGCCGUCGGUUAACAGACAGCAAUUUGACUAAUUUGCAAUUAUGGGACUCUUUGUGUGUUGACAAACUGUAUAUUAGGCUCCAGCGCGCACCCCGAGAAAGACAGUCAGACAGGCACCAAAACAGCCAGGAGAUGCUGAGGCUCGUCACGUGUUGUUUGUUCCCCUCGGAGUUCUGUCUGACUCCAUCGUGAAUUAUAAUCAGACGGCGAAUCACGCGAUCCCGUCCAGCCCACGAUGGCGACGCGCUCCAUGCAAGCGCACACCCAGUCCGGCGGUGCCUGGGAUUGGGUGGAGGGAGUGGUGGCUGCGGACGGAGUCACAGGAUUGGUAGAGUUCAGCGCCAAACUUGUUGACUCACAACUGAGCAGCCCUCUCCAUCCUUCUCGGCGCGGAGCUGUCCAGGGCAAGUGGUGCUGAAACUGCCAGCUUCUGACGCGCCGCGGGAAUAUUUCAGUCUUUUUCUUUCUUUCUUUCUUUCUUUCUUUCUUUCUUUCUUUCUUUCUUUCUUUCUUUCUUUCUUUCUAAGGUUUGAUUACUGAAGUUGAAAAUUGUGCGACACUAUAAGUCGCCUGGCUAAAGCAUCUGAUCCCUGCACACUGUCGCCGGCUGCUCUAUCCAAGAGCGCACCGAGUUUUCGACUUCACUGCCGAUCAAAGAGAGGGCUCUUCGCAUCGCAGCCAUGGCUUUCAUGGUGAAACACGUGGUGGGAGGACAGCUGAAGAACCUGACGGGCGGACUGACGGAGGAGAAAGCCGAAGGGGAGAAAUCAGAUGCCGCCGCGCAGGGGAUGACUCAAGAGGAAUUUGAACAAUACCAGCAACAGUUAGAGGAGGAAAAACAAGAGCGAGAAGCUAGUUUUGCCCAGAAGAAAGCUGAGAGAGCCACAGUUAGAAGUCACUUCCGGGAAAAGUACAGACUACCAAAGAACGAGACAGAUGAGACGCAGAUCCAGCAGGCGGGGGACGACGUGGUGCUGCCCACGGAGCUGGCCAAGAUGAUCGCCGAGGACAACCAGGAGGAGGCACACAAGCAGUCGGUGCUGGGCCAGCUGUCCAACAUCCAGAACGUGGACAUCGACCAGCUGAAGGACAAAGCCCAGGCCACACUGGAAGACCUCAAAAAGCAGACAGAAAAUUGCAGUCUUAUGUGAUCUGGCCAACUCUAAGUCCCAGGGGAGUUUUUUUCUUGCACAAAUAUUUUUCAGAGGCAGAGCUGCUCCGGUGGUAGACGUUUUCUCAUUGCUGUAGUGGAAUGUCAGUUGGCAGAGCCGCAUAAUAACAGUUUUUCUGGCUGUGCGGAGUUAGACAGAAGCCUUAUAUUAUGAAAUCCGGGCCUCGCCUCGCCAAGGCGGGUAAAAUAAUUGAGAUACUUCAGUUUCCUUGACUGAUGAUGACCUUUCAACAUCAUAAAGGUCACGAAUGUCAUCCCCAUUUUAACGCAAAUGAACCAAUGAGAUUAUUUCUGCCUUUAGAGAAACUCCUCCUCUGAGAAAAGUUUGUCCAGUGUAUGAAAUCAUGAAAUCAUCCGUCACUCCCUCCAUUCCCUCAGCGCCCUGGCUCUCUGUAUCUCACGUGACCGGUAAUAGCACAAUAUGACUGCAGCAGAGCUCCCAGGUGUGUGUCCGUGUGCAGGCUAUUUCUCUUUUGAUUCCCAAUACACGGCAGCUCAUUUCAGUGAAAGAACCUGUGCACUUUCAAUACGAGAGGAUCGCUGAGAUGAGCUGCUGGACUGGAGCGAAAACACACGCGCGCGGUCGACACUGGUUCAUGUGUUAUGUUAAAUUUGGGAAAUUUGAUGAUUUGUUAUCAGUGAAAUUAAACGAAACAGCUAUUUUUUUGCUAAUGUUGCUGCAUUAAUUUGAAUAUUUUCAACAAUUUUUUUUUAUUUUACUUUUUUUGUAAAAACUUUUUCCGUACUUCAGUGUGCCUUGGACGUCCGUACAAGGUUGUGUCCUCACAAGCCCCGAGAUCUUAAAAUCUUAAACGUGCUUUUUACAAAAACAAACUUACGUCCUCGUUCGUUUCUGCGUCAGAUUUUUUUUAUUUUUCAUUUAGUCCACGAACUGUCAGUAGGGCAAGCACAGAUGAUGUCUCACUGAAAAUAUCUGUUGCAUUUUGUAUUUACAGUGCUCAGUGUAUGAGUUCCCAAAUUUAACCUAGCAUCCACAUCAACUAUAUUGGAAGCAAAUCUGUGUUUAUGCUGCAUUCAGAGGUCAAAAAGAAAAAAAAACGAAAAAAAAAAAAAAAAAAAGCUGCUCAGUCAAGAGAAAUGUAAAUGCUUUAGAAGUUAUAUGCCAAAGCCUUUGUUGAUAACGCCCCGAUCAACGUAAAGGACACGGCGCAAAUAUGUCAGACUGUGUAACUGAAGUGUGUGUGCUGUAUAAAUCCGACUAGUCCACGUACUAAUAUUUAUGUUGCGUAAGGCGUAUACGUAUCUGCUGUUUGCCUAUACUGUCAACGGCAGCCUGUCCCGUUUUCAUCGACUCGCUGGGCCCCGUAGUGUUGUCGACCGUCACGCGACCUCUGACCUGUCCCCCAUCUCAUCAACUCCCCCCUUCCCUCCCCUUCCCCCCAUCCCCCCCACGCCCCCCGGGUCUCAGUAGUGCCGUUUCGUGCUGGUGGAUUUCGUGUCGUUUAGCCGAUGUGAUACGUCAAGUGGUGUCUAUGUGAAAAAACCUCGUCCUGUAGCCGGGAGUGCUCACUGUAGUGUUGCAGAGCACGCGGCCAUUGUGGGCUUACUGCAAUAUUCUGUGUAUGUUGUGUUCUAGCCAGAUGUCAAGUGAAGGCAUGGGCGACGUUCGGAGGGGAUGCCGUCGAUGUUGUGUUACAUUCACGCGCGCGCUACAUGCUGCCAGUGUUCGAUUAACACAGCAGCGGUGCUGAGGGUCACGCCAGCUUUGACCUCUCUGCCAAAAUGUUUUUCUUGGGUUCUUUUCAUUUUUUUUUUAACCUUCAAUUUCACGCGUGGCUCAAAAAGAUUCUGACUUUCCUUAACUUAUUCUCUGAGAUGAGUAGUAAUUUUUCUCGCUGGAGACACCACACUACUGCUGAGUGAAAACUAAUUACAGGCUUUUGGUGCAGUGGUCAUUGUCGUGUGAUAGAUGAGCGGUGUAUUCAUGAUGUUAACAAUAAUAUGAGGCAGAGGAAAAAGUUGCAAUAAGUACUUUUAUAAUAGACCUAAUAGACCAGGAGACAAUAUUAAUGGGUGGAAAAGAAGCCAUAAAGCAAAAACUCUUUGCUUUGUAUGAGUGUGUGUGCGUGACUUAAAUUAUAGCUCAAUAUAUACAAGUGUAACUCGUGUGCUGUCGUCCUGUGGAACUGAUUAUUUUCAGGAAAUGGCUGCCAUGACACGCAGUUUCCCGUCGUUGUUUGGCUGUUUUAUUUGUUUCACUGUAUCUCCGUCUCUGUGUCUGGCAGUAUUCUGGUGAUUUUUGAGUUUUAACUGCAAUAAACCGAUUUUUAUUAUAAUGUGAA